AAAAGAAUUCCAGCCGAUGGCAACUCAAGUGAAUCGCAUCGAAUGGGUUCGUGGUUCCAGGAGCGAUCUGCCUUCAGUUUCAGUCGAGUGAGAAUAGCCAAGCGGUGCGGUCUUCCAGUGGUUAUAGAAAUAAAUAGAAAGGGACUCCGCCGGCACAGAAUUGCGCGUAAUUUCGUAUGGAUUUCGUGCAAAUUAUUUCAAAGGAGAAAUAUUUAUAAAAAAUCAAGUAUUUGUAAAAUAUUUUCGAACCGCGUUGUGUUGAAAACGAAGAGCCCAGUGAAAAUGAUCAAGAGUGAAGAGGUCUCAGAUCGCUCGGUUAUGACGAUGGAUCAGCUGGGUGGCUACUACCACGAUCACCGCGCCCACCCCCCCUUCAGCCACCCGCAUGCGCACACACACGCACACACACACGCGCACAACCACACCCACACCCACACACAUGCGGGGCAUCUAUAUAGAGCGGGAAAUCUAUUGACCGGUGGCAAUUACCAGGCCAUGGGUGGCGGAGAAUCCCCCACGGAGUUGAUCGAUGAAAAGCCGAACAUCGGCUACAUGGAGCUGAAGCAUUACAUGGACUCAACGCCCACUGCCACGCCCGUUUCGGCCGCCCAGCACUAUAGCCUAAGUGCCCUGCACAGCAUGGGCACCCCGCCGGCCUCCUCGAGUCCCAUACCCCCGUACGGGGUACUGAUGACCGCCCAUUCGGCCGGAUCCGCGUCCCCGCAAUCGAACUCGAAGACGCCCACGGAUCUGCCGCAGGAUCUGCAGUACGUGAGCUCCAGCACAGCGGGCAAGGGGCAGCCGUUGCAGGUGCAGCUGCAGCCGCUGAACCAUCAGUACGCCUCCACCAUUAAGUACUGCUCCAACAACACCAUACUCAGUGCGAAUGACUACCAAUUGCUGACCAGCCAGGACCAGGUGGAGCAGCAGCAGCCGGCGCAGCAGGUGCAGUCCCAGCAGCUGCAGCACUCACCAGGCGGCGCCUAUCUGCCCCGGAUCUCCACAUCGCCCUCGCAGGUGAUCAGCAAUGCGCACGGCAUGCCCGUGCUCAACUACUCCAGUGCCAGUUCCUCGCCCGCCAAGUCGCUCAACGGAUCGGAGGCCUCGCCACCCAGCCAGAAUCCCCUGGAGAUCAAGGGCUCGGGUUCAGCGGGCGGUGGCACUGGUGCUGCCAGCAGCCAGGAUGCGCCGAGCACUCCGGAUACCACCAAGAAGUCUGGCACGCGGCGGCCCGAGAAACCAGCCCUCAGCUACAUCAAUAUGAUCGGACAUGCGAUCAAGGAGUCGCCCACUGGGAAACUGACGCUCUCCGAGAUCUACGCCUACUUGCAGAAGAGCUACGAAUUCUUUCGAGGACCCUAUGUGGGCUGGAAGAACUCGGUGCGCCACAAUCUCAGCCUGAACGAGUGCUUCAAGAAGCUGCCAAAGGGCAUGGGCGUGGGCAAGCCGGGCAAGGGCAACUACUGGACCAUCGACGAGAACUCGGCGCAUCUCUUCGAGGAUGAGGGCAGCCUGCGGCGCCGGCCGCGCGGCUACCGCUCCAAGAUCAAGGUGAAGCCGUAUGCCGGCCAUGCCAAUGGCUACUACGCCGGCAGCUACGGCGAUGCGGGCAUGGACAACGGCAACUAUUACGCCUCGCCCGCCUUCGCCAGCUACGAUUACAGUGCGGCUGGAGCGAAUGGCGUGUCGCCGGCUGGCGGUCAAGGAUUCGGCGAUCCCUGGAACGCCCAUGCCGCCCACAGUGGCGCCUCGUCGGUGGGCAUGGGCGUGGGCAUGGGUGUGGGCGUGAGCCCGCUGCCCCAGUACACGAACAUAUCCUGCCUGGCAGCCGGUGGCAAUCUGAAUGGCACGGCCACCACGCCCCCGCUGGCCCACUCCACCCUGGGCAUGGCCCCAUCAGCGGCCCCAACCUCCAGUUCGCCCCUGGGAGCGGCGGCGACGCUUCAAAGCGACUAUGCGCCGAACGCGAGUCUCGUGGCCGCGGGCUAUUCCUAUGUAACAAGUGCCGGCAGCCUGGACAACGGCCUCCGCUCGAUUUCGCUGCAACAACUGCCCAGCUUAUCCAGCAUCCAGCACGCCCAGGCUCAGGCCCAGGCCCAGGCGCACCACCAUCACCAUCAGCACCAUUCGAGCCAGUCCAGCCAGCAUCCGGGCCACGGCUCCAUGCACCAGAACCAUGGCACAUCGUCCAUGACGCCGCCGCCAUCGCAGUCCGGUGGCAGCCAUGGGAUCGACCAUUCGCCCAUUGAUCGCAAGCCGGUUUACCUGCCGCCCACCAGCCCGCCCCCCAACUUGGCGGCUCUGAAUGGGGGCGGCGGCUAUUACGAGGGCCUCAAGUACGCCAACUAGCCAUCCCCAACUGGGAUGGCGUGCAUCUUUAUUACCUCAAAGGACACCAUAAUCACGUUUAAUUAGGCUCUAAGUAGUGGCAGAGAACCAGUAGUUGCAUAGUGCAUAGAAGGGAAAUUAUAAAUGAAUAUAUAUAUACAUAAAAAUAGAAAUAAAUGAAAAUUAUUUAUAAAAAGAC